AAAGUCAACCCUUUAAAAGGCAGAAGGGAGAUGAAUGGAGAGCAGAGAAUGAGGUGAGACAACCUUCCAAACACACCAACAACAGCAAGACUAAAGGCUCAAAGCAAACCUGUCAAAAUACAAGAUGAAAACCAUUCUCUCCAUUGCUCUUGUGCUCUUGGCUCUCUAUCUGGUCUCUGAAGCCCAUGCAGUCCAAGUCAAAGUGCAGGAGGGCGACUUUGUUUUCUCACUGGAAUCAGUGAAGAAGCUCCAAGAGCUGACAGAGAGCAGCAGUGUAAACGGGAAGCAGAAUCCUCAUCUCGCCAGCACCAGCUUUGCUUCCGUCUGUGCUAACCCCUCCCUGCCACAGGAGUUCAUGCCCCUGUGCAUGCAGAGAGGGGCCAGCAUGUCUCUCUCAAGACUUGCUACUAUGCCUAUAGACAUCUGUGAGAUAUGUGCCUUUGUUGCCUGCACAGGCUGUUAGGCAAGAUAUCAACCUGACUGCCAGCAGAAGACAAGCCACCCACAUUAUCAUUCUGCAUAUUAUGACAACAAUGUGGAUUUCAUGUCUUCAAAUUGCCAUCCUCAGACAUGAUUGGCCCAAAAGAUAACUGGACCAGAAAUGUAGAAAAAAAAAAAAAAAAAA